GAUAACAUAUACCAUUUAGACAUAUAUAACGUUUUACUUGCUCGUACAACAUCGUUAAACUGAUUUGUGUUGAUAAUUCGCAAUUCGCAUAUCGAUACGAAUUCUAUUGCUGGGCUACUACUCCAGCAUUGCCAUUUGUUUGUGAGAAUCAUUUGUGCUCGGACGUGCCUCCGGUGAAAUUGUUGUUUCUCUUCUUAUUCCGGUUAUUUAUACUAGUUGAUACAAACUGAAAACAAUGGCCGGUGCCAAUCCUUUUGCGCAGUUUCAGAAGUCGUUUUCCUUGAAUGGAACAACAUACAAAUACUUUGACUUGGCUUCAAUUGAUCCAAACUAUAAUAAACUACCGUACUCAAUACGCGUACUCUUGGAAUCGGCAGUGAGGAACUGCGACAACUUUUAUGUACUCGAAAAAGAUGUGCAAAACAUUUUGGCUUGGUCGCCUGAUUUAAGACAAGGUCAAAAUGAUGUGGAAGUUUCCUUCAAGCCGGCGCGUGUUAUACUGCAGGAUUUCACUGGUGUUCCCGCUGUUGUGGACUUUGCAGCGAUGCGCGAUGCUGUUUUAAAACUUGGAGGUGAUCCCGAAAAAAUCAAUCCAAUUUGCCCUGCUGAUUUGGUAAUCGAUCACUCGGUUCAAGUGGAUUUCACAAGAAGCACGGAUGCUGUGGCAAAGAAUGAAAGUUUGGAAUUUCAGCGCAACAAAGAGCGUUUUACAUUCUUAAAGUGGGGUGCGCGCGCUUUCAACAACAUGUUAAUUGUUCCACCCGGUUCAGGUAUCGUUCAUCAAGUAAAUUUGGAAUAUCUGGGUCGUGUUGUAUUCGAGGAAGGUAGCGGUAAUACAAAAUUGCUCUAUCCUGACAGCGUUGUCGGUACCGAUUCGCAUACGCCCAUGAUAAACGGCUUAGGUGUACUUGGUUGGGGUGUUGGAGGUAUUGAAGCUGAAGCUGUUAUGUUGGGUCAAUCGAUUUCCAUGUUGCUGCCAGAGGUAGUUGGCUACAAGCUUGUUGGAAAGUUGGGACCACUUGUUACAUCCACUGAUCUGGUGUUGACUAUUACCAAAAACCUAAGGCAAUUAGGUGUCGUUGGCAAAUUCGUUGAAUUCUAUGGUCCUGGUGUAGCCGAGUUGAGCAUAGCAGAUCGUGCCACCAUCGGUAAUAUGUCACCUGAAAAUGGUGCCACUGUAAGCUUCUUCCCCAUCGACGAAAACACUUUGGCUUAUUUGAGACAAACAAAUCGGUCAGAGGAAAAAAUUGAGGUUAUCCGUGAAUAUUUGAAAGAAACUGGACAACUACGUGAUUAUAACGAUGUCUCGCAAGAUCCAAAAUACUCACAGACUCUUACUCUUGACUUGUCAACUGUGGUUACGUCUGUUUCGGGUCCUAAACGGCCACAUGAUCGCGUUGCAGUUACAGAUAUGAAGGGCGACUUCCAGUCCUGUCUAGUCAAUCCUGUCGGCUUCAAAGGAUUCGCUAUUGCUCCAGAAGCGCUACAAGCCGCCGGCCAAUUCCAAUGGGAUAAUGGCAAAACUUAUACUAUUCGCCAUGGUUCUGUUGUGAUUGCUGCAAUUACAUCUUGUACAAACACUUCCAAUCCGUCGGUUAUGUUGGGAGCCGGUCUACUUGCCAAGAAGGCGGUGGAAAAGGGUCUCUCAGUGAUGCCUUACAUCAAAACCUCACUAUCACCUGGAUCUGGCGUAGUCACCUAUUAUCUACAAGAAUCAGGCGUUAUUCCAUACUUACAGCAGUUAGGUUUUGACAUUGUCGGCUACGGUUGUAUGACAUGUAUCGGCAAUUCUGGACCACUCGACGAUAAUGUUGUGAAUACCAUCGAGAAGAACGGCUUGGUGUGCUGUGGUGUUUUGUCGGGCAACCGUAACUUCGAGGGUCGCAUUCAUCCUAACACGCGCGCCAACUACUUGGCUAGUCCACUGUUGGUUAUUGCUUACGCAAUUGCUGGUCGCGUCGAUAUUGAUUUUGAAACCGAACCAUUGGGUGAGGGACCAUCUGGCGAAAAGGUAUUCUUGCGUGAUAUUUGGCCAACCCGCAAUGAAAUCCAGGAUGUGGAGAGUAAACACGUCAUCCCAGCUAUGUUCAAGGAAGUUUACAGCAAAAUCACAUUGGGUUCUGAAGACUGGCAGAAGAUUGAGGUGGCUGAAAGCAAAUUAUAUCCAUGGAACAGUGAAUCUACAUACAUUAAGCAUCCACCAUUUUUCGAUGGCAUGACUCGCGAAUUACCACCACUGAAGGGUAUUCAAAACGCACGCUGCUUAUUGUUUUUGGGCGAUUCCGUGACAACAGAUCAUAUAUCGCCAGCCGGUUCGAUCGCUAGAAAUUCGCCAGCUGCACGUUAUCUAUCCGAACGCGCUUUGACACCACGCGAUUUCAACUCGUAUGGAUCACGUCGUGGCAAUGAUGCAGUGAUGGCGCGCGGUACAUUCGCAAAUAUACGUUUGGUUAACAAAUUGGUGAGCAAAACCGGUCCACGUACCGUACAUAUACCAAGCAGCGAAGAAUUGGAUGUAUUCGAUUGUGCCGAUCGUUAUCGUGAAGAUGGCACACCUUUGGUGUUGAUAGCAGGUAAAGAUUACGGUAGCGGUUCUAGCCGCGAUUGGGCUGCUAAGGGCCCCUUGUUGUUGGGCAUCAAAGCUGUUAUUGCCGAGUCUUACGAACGUAUUCAUCGCUCGAAUUUGGUUGGUAUGGGCAUCAUACCGUUGCAAUUCUUACCAGGACAAAACGCAGAAACUUUCAAUCUAACUGGCCGUGAGGUAUACAACAUUUCUAUACCAGAGAGCGGUUUGAAACCAGGCCAAAAGAUACAAGUGGAGGCUGAUGGCACAGUUUUCGAUACUAUUGUAAGAUUCGACACUGAAGUCGAUAUUACCUACUACAAGAACGGUGGAAUUCUCAACUACAUGAUCCGCAAAAUGUUUGCUUAAAUAAAAUUAAGGCGCAGCAAUAUAUAUACCAUGUUGAAUUUGUUUACGCGUGAAGCAACUACAAGGAAGAUUUUUCUUAAAGCCGCUUAAUAUUCAGCAUUGAGACUUUCCAGUUAUGCAUGAAAUGCAAAAUCUUUUAAAUUAUAAGGCAUGAUGGUUAAAAGGGUAAUUUCAUAUUUACAAACAUGAUAUAUAAUAAAAUAUAUAUAUACAUACAAUUUAUAUAAAAUAUAAUAUGCAGAAUGCUUGAA